CCUCGGCUUGGGACCUCUGGCAUUACCCGUUAUGACGCUUUGGCAGAUUCCCAGGUAAGAAUGGAUUUCGGGUUCCUUUAUGUGCCAGGGUGUCUUUUCCGUUGUUCACAUGCCUCUUUACCAAAUUUUCGUACUCUGUUGACUGCCCUGGCUUUUGGCGACUGAACAUUAUGAUGUUACCCCAUCGUGAUAAAUGGGAUGUUCAAUACUCAACGAUUGAUGAAACAGUAUAUAUUGGAAGAGAUGUCUUUGUUGUUGUUGCCUCGACGUUAGCGCUUUACAAUUCUAUCGAACUGCUCACCCUCAUCUCUCUGACCUUUAAAAAACGAUCUGGACUUUACUUCUGGAGUAUCCUCAUCGCCUCAUUCGGUAUCAUCCCAUACUGUCUGGGAUGGCUCAUUGUCUACUUCGACCUUACGCAUGAUUACGUUGGCAUGAUCAUUGAGACUGUUGGCUGGGUCCUCGUUAUCAGCGGCCAAUCUGUUGUACUGUACUCUCGUCUGCACCUUAUCGUCACUGACGUCAAGAUUCUUCGAGCCGUUCUCAUCAUGAUCAUUAUCAACGGUCUCGUUUGGCAUUCGACGAUGACUAUAUUACUGUUCGGAUCAGAAUACAGCCCAAGCUAUAACAGACGGGGCUUCAAUAAUGUCUUCAACAUCGCAGAAAAGAUCUCGAUGUCCAUCUUUUAUUUGCAGGAACUCAUCAUCUCCGGUCUAUACAUCUGGAAGUCAAUGGAGAUUCUCAAGACAGCUUUCGGUAACACCCGAAGUAUGCUAUACAAGCUAUUCACGAUCAACUUCGUCAUUAUCCUGAUGGACAUCGCUCUGCUUACUAUUGAAUUUCACGAUCUUUAUGUCUGGGAGCAAGGUAUCAAGCUUGUCACCUACUCGAUCAAACUCAAGCUGGAAUUUGCCGUUCUUAGUGAACUCAUUGAGUUCGUCCGAAAUCGCAGCGGAACCCGAUCGAGGCCAACAAAGAACACCGAGAAUCAGAGCACCCUUGUACCAUUAUCGUCCAUGCACAAGGGAAACACAAAGGGUACAACUACGAGUACGAGGGACUUUAUCCACGCUGGCAAUUCUCAGACGAACACAACUAUUGCGGCUUCAAAUCCGAUACCGGCUGCCCCAACGAAUGAUAGUAUACAUGUUUUGAGAGAGGUCGACGUGGAGAGUUUGUCUGCUUAUCCGGGGAACAACCCAAGCACUGAUGAAUUAUGGGGUCAUGUACCUGAAGAACCUGGGAAGGCAAUGGUUGGCAGGGCACUAUGAAAAGAAUCCAUAUAGCAAUUGUCGUAUAUUCCAUUAUGUUAG